AAAGUGGACUGGGAUGUAGAUGUCCUCGACAGUGACCUAAGGAGAUAGGAAGUUCGAAUCCAAAUGAAGAUUUGAAAGUUCCUAUGUUACUUGUAUGUCUAUAUAUCAGUAAUAUGGAACUUUCAAGUAUCAUAGGAACAAUUGCAGGCACCAGCUAUUGGUUUAUUGUCCUGCUUAAGACUGGAGGUGGAUUAUCCGAUUGCAUGAUUCUUACAAGUUACAACCUAGAGACUGCAAUCCUGGCUGUUUCAAGGACUUGAUGAUUUCUAUCUAGAUUGGGAUUUUUCAUCAAGUUUAUCAUUGUAAAAUUAGAUUAUGUGUAUAUUUCCUUUAUAAUAUAGCACUUGUACUCUGUCAAAAGAAAAAUAAGCAUAGUAGAGAAAAAAACUCCCCACAUCGAAUUAUUUUGAUUUAAGAACCGACGGAGGCAAUUAUUUUUAUUUAUUUGUUUUCUUUAGCCAAGGGGAUUUUUGGGAGAGGGAGAAUGGGAUUCAAAACGCAGCACAUUAAGAGCUGGAAAAGGGUUAAGAAGCAGAGGGCACUAGUUGCCCCAGUUGCUAGGUUUGAUGCUAUGAUGGCAAACCAAAGUUCACCAGAGUCAGAAUAUGAGGAUGGGAAAUUAGUGACGAGGAAGAUUGGUUUACCUCCUUUAGAUCCUUCACUGGGGGAUUUUGAUAUCAGUACCUUUCUGACCAUUGAGUUCUGGUGCAAAACUGACAUUCUUUCAAAGCAUCAUCAUCAUCCAAACGUGGUGGCGUUUUAUGUUGUAGUGCAAGGUGGUCCUGGGGGAACACUGGCUACUGUCACAGCGUACAUGGUUGAAUGGUUGAUGGUUGGAGAUUUUGGACUGUCUAAAAUUAAAAGGGAUACCCUACCUUGGAUGGCCCCAGAGCUCCUGAAUGGGAGCAGCAAUGAGGUCUCAGAGAAGGUUGAUGUGUUUUCCUUUGGCAUUGUUCUCUGGGAGAUUCUCACCGGGGAAGAGCCAUAUGCUAACAAGCACUAUGGAGCAAUCAUAGGAGGAAUGGUAAACAACACACUGAGGCCGACAAUCCCAAGCUACUGCGAUUCUGAAUGGAGGAGGUUAAUGGAGUAGUUUUGGGCACCUAAUCCCACAUCAAGGCCAUCCUUCGCAGAGAUUACUAGUCGUUUGUGCACAAUGAAAGGCGGCUAGGGAAGCCAAGGUGCAAGAUCAUAAAGUAUCUAAAUAAUACUCUAAUGAUUCUUCAUGAUGUAUUACAUGAUAGAUUCAUUCAUUCAGUUGUAUACCCUGACACGUAGAAUCCCAUUACAAUUAGUUCAGAGAAAUCAGAUUCCAUGUUAUUUUUGAAAUGGAAGAGUUUCUCCUCAAGGAAUCAUUUCGUACAUAACAUCUUCAUCUUUGUCCUUUUCUCAGAUGUAGCCUGAUGGAAUUUUCAUCGUGUUGUAUUUCCUUCUUAAAUUAAAACCAUUCAUUCUAU